AACCUUGUUCUGUUAUACCAAGUUCAAUCUUCUUGUUAAUUUGAGCUCAUUAUGAUAAGGAUGAAAUCUGUGUUGAUCAAAAUCCUUUGGUUAUAAGAUGACACUCAUUUCUGGAUUCAUGAAUUUUUGUGAAUGAAUGACUGAAUUAAUUGUACAUUUUUAGCUGGCAAUUAACUAUACUGAUGUAGAUAUCAUCUGGGUGUAGAUUCACAACUAUAAAGUGGCCUGGUUUUGGCAGUGCCCUGUCUCCAUAUUUCACUGCAUUUUUCACCUUGAUGUCCUGAAACUGGCUCUAUCAGGGUCCCACGCAUCACUGUCCAUUCAACGCUUUCAACUGUUUUUGAACAUUAUAAUGUCGAUCUCAGCACAUGCCAGCUGGGCAGUGAAGCGAACAGGAGAGAAAGAGACCGUGUGUAUGAGUGUAUGUGUGUGUGUCAGUGGCUGGAGAGAAAGCGAGCCAGAGAGAGUUUGCUUACACUGUGCAUGCCAGGUUCAUAGCAGCCAGUUAGAGAGUUAAAUAGCCAGGGGUCAAGGAAUCCAUAAGUUUAUGUCAAACAUUUAUUUUUUUUAAUGUGAUAUUUACAGUGAUCAAUGAAAAGGGUGAUUUGCUUGGUUUUCCUAAACGUCGUUUGGUAAAGUUGUGCAGGGGAGUGCUUUAUUAGGGCUGACGAUUUGGAUCUUAUGCAGAACCGUGAAAUGCUGUACUGUACUUUCUCUCUAGGCUAGAAAUCGUGAAGCAUGGGUGACUGGAGCUUUCUUGGACGGCUCUUGGAGAAUGCACAGGAACACUCGACCGUGAUCGGCAAAGUCUGGCUGACAGUACUCUUCAUUUUUAGGAUUCUGGUGUUGGGAGCUGCGGCUGAGGAGGUCUGGGGUGACGAGCAGUCGGACUUCACUUGCAACACGCAGCAACCCGGUUGCGAGAACGUCUGCUACGACGAGGCCUUCCCCAUCUCCCACAUCCGCUUCUGGGUGCUCCAAAUCAUCUUCGUGUCCACGCCGACGCUCAUCUACCUGGGCCAUGUCCUGCACAUCGUUCGAAUGGAAGAGAAGCGUAAAGAGCGUGAGGAGGAGCUGCGAAAGGCCAGUCGGCUCCAGGAUGAGAAAGAACUCCUGUAUAGAAAUGGAGGGGGAGGGGAGUCUGGUGGACGGGGUGGGGGCGGCGGCGGCAAAAAGGAGAAGCCGCCAAUCAGAGACGAGCAUGGCAAAAUUCGUAUUAGAGGUGCCUUGUUGCGCACCUACGUGUUCAACAUCAUUUUCAAGACCCUGUUUGAAGUGGGGUUUAUUUUAGGUCAGUAUUUCCUCUAUGGUUUCAAGUUGCGGCCCCUGUAUAAGUGUGCGCGGUGGCCCUGCCCCAACACGGUGGACUGCUUCAUUUCCCGGCCCACGGAAAAGACCAUCUUCAUCAUAUUUAUGCUUGUGGUGGCUUGCGUGUCCCUUUUGCUGAAUUUGUUAGAAAUCUAUCACCUCGGAUGGAAGAAGGUCAAACAGGGCAUGACCAACGAGUUUGCCCCCGACCGCGAGUCGCUGCCCGACGCAGACGAAGCCGAGGCCGAGUCAUUUAGAACUGCGCCUGCCACCCUCAGCUACCCACCAGACUACACGGAGGUGGCAGUGGGUGGCGGGGCGUUCCUCCAGCCUGUGUCGGUGCCCUCGACGGCCGAGUUCAAGAUGGACCCUCUACGUGAGGAGCUGGAGGAGUCCUCGCCGUUCUACAUAAGCAACAACAACCACAGGCUGGCUGCCGAGCAGAACUGGGCCAACCUGGCCACUGAGCAGCAGACUCGGGAGAUGAACGCCGCCUCUCCCUCCCCUUCCUCCUCCUCAUCUCGCUCCUCCAACAAUGGGCGGCAAGCCAAAGAUGCCGCUCGGCAGGCUGGCGCCCCCACCUCCCCUGGCGGUGGUUCGAGCACCGGGCCAGAGGAGGGGCACGUCACCACCACGGUGGAGAUGCACGAGCCGCCCGUCAUUUUCACUGAUGCUCGACGACUGAGCAGGGCUAGCAAAGCUAGCAGCGCGAGAGCGAGGCCCAAUGAUUUGGCAGUGUAGUGGCUCUCCACUGCAAAGCGCAGGUUUUUGUGGACAAAAACACAAAAAAAUACACCAAAAAACAAAGAGGAAGAAAGAGGCAGAUUGCUGGAAUAAAAAAAAAGAAACGUUAAUUCCAUUCAUUAUUUAAUCCAUUUUGCAAUGUAAAAUUACAAAGAGUUUAGUCAUCUCUUGUGGCUUCUGAAUGCUGGUUAGUGUUAUGCAGUAGCUGAAUGGAGCAGCACAUCUAAUGCAAAUUAUGUUACAACAGUAUCUCAAUGAUUUAUUAAACACAUGUCACUUAAAUUAUUCUUAUGACAAGGCCUUAAUGUAAAAAUUUCCAUUCAGUCUGUUCAAUUUAUUAAGUUUAUAUCAAGUCACCAAAUAUAACAUGUUUGCAGUACAUUACAGGUUACAAAUAAGCAAAAAUAAACUUAAAGUACAAUGUAAAUACACUGAGUAUUGAGUAGACAAUGACGGAGUAGACAUGUAUUAUUAUUUUUAAAAGUAUUUGUGACCCCAUCUGUGAGAUUCAGGCUAAAUUCUCAAAAUCGAAUUAUGAGAUAACAAGCAUCAAAGUUUGAUUUCAACAAUUAAUUUCACAAUGAUUUCGAUCUUUGACAUGGCCGUACUCAGUCAAUAAUAAAGACAAGGGUUAUUUCACAGGAUGUUCUUUACAUCUUUAUGAAGGAUGAUUUUAUGUAGAAAAAAAAUACUUUAGUUAGGUUUUCACUGGCAGGGUCAUGGGAUAUGAGACAAAUAGGAAAAAAGAGAGAGAUUGAAGUAAUCAAAGAAAGAGGUUGUCAAAUCAUGAACACCCAAUUUAAAAAUGUUGUUCCAGCAUCUGUCUCUACAUUUCCUCACUGUAAAGAGAAAUCAAAAGUUUUAGGAAGAAAAAAGUAAAAAGCAUAUUGCCUGAUAAAAGUGGCAUCACAGAAAAAAUUUGAGUAUAACUGAGGCAAGUGAAAUAUUUAGAUAACUGUUGUACUGCUGAAUGGUGCAGAGUUUUAAUUCAUAUAGCUUGUGUAUUUCUCUGGACCAAGUUUCUUUUUUCUUUUUUUCAAUCCCAUGAUGUGAAGUUCACAUCCUGCGACUCUUUUGGAUUUGAGAGUUUUGAUAUAUGACCAUGUCCAAUCUUGCCAUCAGGAAUACAUGAUCACUUCUGAAGUAGUUAAUCAGAUGAGGGGAGGACUAACUCAUUACAUGUGACAUUUGAAACCUGUAUUGGUUUUUAUUUCAAAAAGUUUGAGCAUUUUCUAAAAAUAAAUGGAAUUGGUUGAGAAUGAGUACAAAAACAGUUAUCAAAAACAUUGCUUUUCUGUAGUCAGUUCGUGGUUGCCAAAACGUAGUUACUUCAAAAUGGACAUAAAAAGAUGCUGCAAGUGUCUUAUGCUGAUAUAGAGUUUAUCCCUCAUGAUGUUCUCUCUUUUUUUUGGUCCAGUUUCAGGUUAUUGUGAGGCCCACAUUUUCACUGCUGUUGUAUAGAGAAAAUGCCUUCUGUAAACAUAACAACUCAUAGCAACUUGACAGCACAACUUUUUUUUUUUACCUUUACAAAACUUUUGUUGUUGAGACCCAUUCAAACACAAUGUACAUCGCUUUUAUUAUCAGGUCUAUAUUUCUGCAAUCCAUUUAAAGAGACAGACAGCCCUGAAAUAGAAAUAGUGCAUUGCUUCAUCACACAGAGUUUGUGCUUAGGACAGUAUUACUCUUGCUUUUAUCAGAUCACAGUAUUUACAAAUGUAUGUUAUUUAUUUUCCGCCGUUUUAAUGUAUCCAAAAACGAAAGUGUGUUUUUUGUCAUUUUUUGGCUCUUAAAGUUUACAUUUUAGUAAAUAGUUGAAGAUUUGCACAUUUAGGCAAAAGACACUGUUGAAUAAUUCUUACAUUGAUAGAAAGGAGGAAAUAUUUUUGAUCCUUAAAGGAAAAUGUCUUAAUGGUAAAAGUCGUUGUGUUGAUGGCAGUAUUAUUCCACUUAAAUAACAUCAAAUGUAACUUAUAAAACAGCACUUGUAGAGUAUAAGAAAUAUACACGUUUCCCAUGUUUUAUUUUAGGACUGUUGUGGUGGCCUGAAAGGACCGCAAAAAAAUUUGAACUUUGUGCAUUAUAGCAUUUCAUCCAUUCUGAAUUUGAAUUGGCCAGCCAGCCAGCUCUUUCCUAUCUCGAUCCGUUUGUAGUGUACUUAGUUGCAGCCCAUUAUUCUCAGAUAACACUCAUUUCUUGAACUUCUUGAACUGACUUUCUCUAGCAGAGCUGAUUAUUCUGACCAAUCAGGGAAAUGAACCACCUACAUAUGCUCAGAACAGCAGCCUGUUUCAAUGCUGUCUUAAGAGAAGUGCCUUGUGUAUUCAAUUUUAUAAGAACAAGUUGAUGUAAAUGUUCAUUUACCUCAAAUGUUUACAAAGCUGUUACUAAAUAAACUUUUUGUAC